UGACGGGAGACAACGGGCCGGACACCGGAGCGGUCAGCUCACCGGCCCCGGCCUGGACACCCACUCUUCGGAAGGGCGAGGGCCGAGGAGCCCGUUGUUGGCCACCCCUGACCAGUCCACAUCCAGUCUCCCCAGUCUACGUCCAGCCGCUCCACCCAGCCACCCCAUCCAGCCGCCCCAUCUAGGCUCCCCCAGCCGCUGCCGAGAUGCCCGUGAUUAACAUCGAGGACCUGACGGAGAAGGACAAGCUGAAGAUGGAGGUGGACCAACUCAAAAAGGAAGUGACUUUGGAAAGGAAAGUGGUAUCCCACUGCUGCCAGGAGGUGCGAGAUUACAUAGAAGAGCGGUCCGGGGAAGACCCGCUGGUCAAGGGGGUCCCGGAUGACAAGAACCCCUUUAAAGAGCUGAAAGGGGGGUGUGCCAUUUCCUGAACAACCCGGAUGUUGGGGGACAGGGAGCCGGCAGCCAGGGCUCUGGUGUUGGCAGGAAAAAGAGAAUGUAAAGACAAUAAAAAGUU